AAGAUGGCGGACGCGGACCUGUGACCGAGGGAAUCUAGCUGUGGACAUCUAUGCUCCUGUGUUCCUCCAAUCAGCGGCUCUUCCUGUCAAGACCGGAUGUUCAUGCUGAAGAUAUAUCUGACUCUUUACCGAUAAUAUAUGUGUAAUGUAAAUAUUUGCGACAUGACGACAGAUUCAGACGCGACAGGAAGAGUUUAGAGGAACUAAAUAUUAACUAAAGGUUUAAUGUCAUGGGUGCCGUGUUGACGCGGAGCGACGCUUCACACUGACGAUGAGCCCGCAGAAGAAGAUGAAGAAGAGGAAGGAGCUGGACGCCCUCAUCGGCCUGAGCGACGGCCGGAGGAAGAGCAAGAGCAGCGGACACCGCCUGCUGCGGACCGAGCCGCCCGAGUCCGGUUCCGCUUCCGGUACCGAGCCCGAGUCCGGCUCCGAGGAGCGGAGCUUCAGCGGCCCGAGCGGCCUGUUCACCCGGAGUCCGCUGCGCUGCUGCUCGCUCUGUUACCCGCUGUGUGUGUUCGUGGUUCUGGCGGCGUGUGUCACGGCCUGCGCUGGACUCAUCUGGAUGCAGAUCGCCCUCAAAGAGGACCUGGACUCCAUGAAGGAGAAGAUCCACAUCAUGGAGAGCAGUCAGAAGCUCUCGUCACACGAGAUCCUGAAGCUCAGCGAGGACCUGAAGAACAAACAGAUGAAGCUGGACGAGCUGGAGAGUGGAGACAGAGGCCUGGCCAAACUCUGGUCCAACCUGAGCGAGAUCAGUCUGAAGCUCAGUGCUCUGGAUUCGGCUGUCAAUCAUCUGAAGACCAACAUCAAAUCUGCUUCUGAUCUGAUCGCACUGCCGCGGACGAUAGAGGAGCUGCAGAAGGUGUGUGUGUGU